GCGCCCUUGCGGCUUCCGCGCCCGCCGUUGGCCGUUAGCGCGGCUUGGGUGGUUGUCUUGGAGAACGAAGAUGGCGGCGGCGACGGCGACGGCGGCGGCGGCGGCGGCGGCCUCGGCGGUGGUGGCCGAGGAGGACACGGAGCUGCGGGACCUGCUGGUGCAGACGCUGGAGAACAGCGGCGUCCUGAACCGUAUCAAGGCUGAACUCAGAGCGGCUGUGUUUUUAGCGCUCGAAGAACAAGAAAAGGUAGAGAACAAAACUCCUUUGGUCAAUGAGAGCUUGAAAAAAUUUUUAAAUACAAAAGAUGGUCGUUUAGUGGCUAGUCUCGUGGCAGAAUUUCUUCAGUUUUUUAACCUUGAUUUCACCUUGGCUGUUUUCCAUCCUGAAACUAGCACAUUUCAAGGUCUUGAAGGUCGGGAGAACUUAGCCCGAGAUUUAGGUAUCAUUGAAGCAGAAGGUACUGUGGGUGGACCCUUAUUAUUAGAAGUGAUUAGACGCUGUCAACAGAAAGAAAAAGGACCUACCAGUGGGGAAGGUGCUUUGGAUCUAUCAGAUGGACAUCCUCCGUCAAAGUCCCCUGAAGGAAAAGCAAGUGGGAAUUCCACCCCGAGUAAGAUACCAAGGUAUAAAGGACAAGGUAAGAAGAAGACAAGCGGGCGGAAGUCUGGUGACCAGUUUGUUAAUCCUGAGCUCCAUCACAGGGAAUGGCUGAUGCAGUGCUGUUCAAAGACCAGCAGUGAGACCAGUCAAAGCGAGCCCAGUAUCUCCUUGUCAGAGCCAAAGAGCAAGAGCAGCCUGCACUCGCUGGCCCAUGAGACAAGAAUUGCAUCCUUCUUGAGCAGCAGCACUUUAGAUGCCAAAGACAAAAGUGCUCUCUGUCCAGACGAAGAUGAUGCAGAAGGAGAUUCUUUCUUUGAUGAUCCCAUUCCUAAGCCAGAAAAAACUUACGGUUGGAGAAGUGAGCCUAGGAAGCAAGUGGGAAGUCUGGCCUCAGUCUCUGACAGACCCCCCUUAAGGAGUGGCCUCAGCUCCCUGGCAGGAGCCCCUUCUUUAACAGAUACUGAGAGUAAAAGAGGAAGCACAGUCCUGAAGGAUCUGAAAUUGGUCGGUGAAAAAAUUGGAUCACUUGGACUAGGAACUGGAGAAGAUGAAGACUAUGUUGAUGAUUUUAAUAGUGCUAGCCAUCGCUCAGAAAAAAGUGAGUUAAGUAUCGGUGAAGAAAUCGAAGAAGACCUUUCCGUGGGAGUAGAUGAUGUCAACACCAGUGAUAAACUCGAUGACCUCACACAAGACCUGACUGUUUCCCAGCUCAGCGAUGUUGCCGAUUAUCUGGAAGACGUUGCAUAGACAGGAAAAGGAAGUAUUCUGAUCAACAGAAGAGAAAGGACUUGUCGGCUCCAUGGUCCCAGUCAGUCACUCUUGCUGGAAUGUAUGCUCCUGCUGGUGCCUUGCAUUUCAAAAAGACUGCAGAUAUUUUUUAAAGUUAACUUUUCAGUUUAGUAAACAAAAUACUUCCUAUAUGAGCCCAUGUCUAGGAGGUUAAUAUUCUUAAUUUGGUUUGAUGUAUAUCACCAAGGAAAUUGUCUGAAUUCCAGCUCAUUAUAGCAAGGGAACUCCUGAAAUGUCAGUGUUACAGAGCAUGACGAGGGAUCAGUACAGCCGUAGUAGUGUGUGUUACUGUAUGUCUCUGGUUGCUGCAGAGAUCUGUGAAACCUUUGUUAGCCACCGAAAGCUUACUCACUUGGUGUCUAUUAGGUGGGUUAGCCCAGAGUUGGUGAGCUGACCUGAUAUAUCUGUGAUGCUAAAGUGUAUCAGUACAAGUUAAAUUGGAUGUCUGAACUUUAUUUUGUAUUUCCUUCCAUUUGGAAGGUUUGUUAGACCAUUAAGGUUAUAUUAAAGUACUCUGUGCUAUUAGUUUUGCUUGUUUUAAACUAGAAGUGGUCAGGACUCUUCAUUCAUAAACUUGUCGAUAACAGUUAACGUUUAAGUCACAUUUUAUCCUGCUGUCUGUCAGCAGCUGUAGACACAGAUUACUUCAUUACAGUCUUAAUUUAUUAUUUCUAGAGAUGCCUUGAAACAUUCAAUACCAAAAUGCAUCUGAAACCAUUAAGCAGUGCUUUUAUUUCAGAUCUGUAAGUUGAUUAUAUUUAAAUCCAAAUUGGAAUGAAAUAGUAGUAAUGGCCUAAGACCAUGUAUAUUCAGUUUGACAAACUUUGUAUACUGUAUAUAAUUGCAUUGUAGUCCUUUAAAAUAGAGCCAAUAAUAGAAUUUCUGGCAGAUUUAAUUUAUGCUGUUGUAUGUAGUACUGCAGGGAUAUAGGCCACUGACAUUUGUAAUGCUAAAAUAGUUUAAAUGUGCAAGUAGGAAACUCAGCCCUAUGCAGGCACAGUCAUACCACUAAGUCAAAUUUAGGAGCUGUGAAACUUUGGUACAUUUUAUUUCCAUUAUGACUGUUAAAAGUUACCUUUAUUAAUAAAUAGAGAAAUUAGAAAUCA